CUUGACUGGUCUGUCAUCUGCCAGUGUCGCUCUCAUCGCAAACGGACACCAGGGCCCGACUCUCAUUCCCGAUUGCGCGGUCGCUCUCGCGCGAAGGCCAGUGCCGUUGCCGUCACUACGGAGGUGCUUGACUGGCCGCCGGCGGACGCUUUGGAAUGGGAAGGGGCCGAUGGGAAGGAAACAAGUGCGGCGCGUGCCCCGCGUGCUUUGCUCCGGAUUGUGGCCAAUGCCUGGAGUGCCUGGACAAGCCCAAGUUUGGUGGCAAAGGGGUUCGGAAGAAAUUGUGCAGGAGAAGGCUUUGCCGCGGCCCCACCCCCGCAGGAAGUGUCGGGCCGGAGAUCCGACUGCGCGCCAUCGCCGCCGCUGUCGCUCGCAGCAGCGCAGUCUCCACGGAGGUGUGCAUUGCGCAUGGGCGAGUGCUGCACACAGACUGGCGACAGAGGGAGGGGCCUGGGGCGGCCGUCGCGCCUGCUGGUGCGGCAUCGGCGCCGCCUGCCGCCGCACCCCAGCUUCCCAUUGGCGUCUUGCCGGGAGCUGCUGCGAGGCCGGAGGGCGCCGUCAGCUGGACGGACGAGACUGCGCUCGCGCCGGCACCGCCGCGGGCACCGCUGCCGCCACCGCUGCCGCCACCGCUGCCGCCACCGCCACCCUGGGAGACCCUCGCCGCCAUCUGCGACCCUCGAGCGUGUUCGGCCAACGCCGCCGACGCUGAUGUCGGCUGCACCGCCGCCGCCGCCGCCACCGCCCCCGCGCACGAGGGGAUUCGGGCCGGUGCGGGCUCCGGACGGAGCAGCGAGGGCGGCGGCGCGGGCGGCGGCGGCGCGGGCGGCGGCGGCGCGGGCGGCGGCGAUGUGGUGGGGUGGCCGCUAGUGGAGUUUGAGGAGUACGCCGCCGCCGACCUGCUGUCACCCUGCAACUCAAGGGAGGAAUGGGAGGACGGCACGCCGCCACCACACCGGUUUUAGCUCGCUGUGCACUUUCCACACAGGGAUUUUUAAGGAGAGUCUGACCAGCGAGUUCUG